AUGAAUAACAUUUUAAAACAUAAGUUAUUCACAUCACCUGAUUACAGUUAUUAAAAAUAGAAAGAGGAAGAUGAAAUAGCUAACCCAAUGGUUGACUCAUUUUUUUCAUAAAAAUCUUAAAUUACCGUGAAAUCAAAUUCUAGUCCAUAAAAAAAUAUUAAAUUAAUUCUUAAAAGUGAUAAGAAACUCUAAUUUAUAAAACCAUAAAAUUAUUAAGUAAAAAGAGAAGGUUUAGAUAUCAAAUAAAAAUAACAAAAGAAAUAUUAACAGUUAGACUACUUGAUUCCUGCAAUUAAAUUAGUUUAAGUAAAAGAGAAACGAAUUGAAUGCUGUAAUGGUGAAGAGGUGACAAUAGAUUAAAAGAUUUACUUUAAUAAUAAUAAUCAAAUUAGGAAUAUUUAUUAGAUGACAUAAAUUGGUUAUAAGUUGGAUAUUGAAGAAGAAGAAGAUGAAUAAAAAAUUUUAAUGGAAAACAGCAUUCCUAUCUCUGAGAAGAUGAUAAAAUCACUUAGAGCUAAGAAAUAGUUCUAAAAAGCAAAGAAUAAAAUAUCUAACAUAAAAUAAGCAUUUGAGAUUUCUAAGGAUCUUCCAGAUGAAAUUAAACGAUAGAAAAAAGAUAGAGAAAACUCUAAUCACAUUAAUUAAUUGUUAAAUGAUCCUAAUGUUAAUGUUAAAAGUGAACAUCAAUUAGGAGAGUUAAUUGGUAAAACCAAAGUAGUAACAACUUAUAAAAAUUUAGAAAAUAAUUAAACCUUUCAAUAACCAAAGGAAAUUGUUAUUAAAAAAGAGAAAGUAAAUAUUUUUCUUACAAAAACCUUAAUAAUACAUAUAUUUUUUACUCUUGGAGUUCUACUAUUAAUUUUUAUUUUAGCUUAUGCAAAAACAAUAAAUGGAUAUCAAUUCUAAGAUUAAGAUUAAGAUUUAUGAACAUUUAUUUAUUUUAUUUUUUGUUUAAUUAUAUAUAUAUAAGAAGAGAAUCAUAAAUAUUUUAAUUAAAAGUAUUAUUAAUAAGAAUUCUUCAAUAAUGAAUACAUUAAAUAACAUGACUAAUCCAUAUAAUAUGCCAGCUAUGCCAUAUGGAGGUAUUUUAGAUCCAGAUGGUUGCAGAAUGCUUGCAAGAAAAAUCUUUUCGACUUAUGAUAGUAUAAAAAAGGAAAAUUAUAUAUAAAAGUCUCCAAAAAAGGAUAUAUAGAUGUUGUUGAUAUUGGAUCCAUGUUUACAGAUGCAUAUAGAGCAUAAAAUAUUACAAUUAAACCUAAAGUUAAUGAGACAAAUGGUUUUAUGAAAGCAAUUAAUAGUAUAAAUAUAAGAUUAAUGGUUAGAGAAUUCUUAGAAUAGAAUAACAUUAUAAGAUGUAGAAUAGUAUUGUUUAAAGAAAUUUUGUGGAACCUCUUAUUAGUAUAAAUAACAAUAAUCAGCUAAUAAGUUGAUAUUUAAUUAACAAUAGAUAACCUAAUUAUAUUGAAGAAAGACUCGAAGUUGCAAGAAGUCUUUUCAAAAGGCUUGAUGCAGAUGGCUCUGGUUAUAUAACUGAAGAUGAAGUUUAUGAAAUUAUUCGUGAAACUUACAGAUAAAUGGGUAAUUUUUAAUAUUUUAAAGAUAGGAAUGAAAUAUGAGCCUACUGUUGAUGAUGUCAGAAGUUGGAUUCAUAUGACAGAUUCAGAUGGCGAUGGGAAAGUUACUUUAGAAGAUUAUGAAAAUUUGGUUUUGAAGUCAUUGCAACAAUAAGCAAUUUCAUAUAAUUUAAGUUGAU